GCAUUGUGUCUAACGAGUCGCCACAAUGAGAAACAGAGCUAGCAACACAUUGUCGAAAGGCAAAAUCCGUCAAUCAUGGAGCAAAUACAACCUGUAUAACAUGCAACGAUUCCGCAGCCCACCCACCACCAAUCGCACAUUCUUCCAGCAGAAAUGGUCUGCUAAGGCUGCCUCCCGUGCCUAUCACGGCGAGCAGGUCCGUGAGGGACAGUGGAAACGCAUGUUCAACCAUCGCAUUCGCAGUGUUAUCCCAAUGAAUGCAUCCGACUUGGCCGCUGAUGACGGUUCCCUAGUCUCGUCCGGUCGAGGCUCAGGACUUGAUAAGGGUGGAAAGCCCGCUUACCAGACACGUCCUACACCUUACACCCACAUGACCUUUGCACCCCUGGAGCGCCGGUUGGAUGUAGCCAUUUUCCGAGCUCUGUUUGCUAGCAGUGCCAGACAGGCGAGACAGUUCGUCAUCCACGGAGCGGUCACUGUUAAUGGGCAAAAGAUGAAACACCCCAGCUACCUCCUCAACCCCGGUGACCUCUUCCAGGUCGACCCAGACCGUGUCUUGUACGCUACUGGUCACACGAAAACUGCGUACGAGCGACGCCAGGGCCGAUUGGCUCGGAGAAAAGCAAAGGCACAGAGAACAGAGGGAGCCGAGGAAGCCGAGGCCGCACCCCAGACUGAGGAGUCAAAGGAGACCGCCAAGGAAGAGACCAAGGAGACUGAAAAGGAAGAUACUAAGGAGACUGAAAAGGAAGAUACUAAGGAGACUCUCAAGGCUCUUCUGGCACAGGCUAAGUCUGUCAUGUCUGCCGGCAAGAAUACACUCGCGCCCCAGCGCAAGCAGGAGCUCCGCGGUUUCCAACAAGCCGUCCGCCGCGUAUUGUCCCGCUCCGAGUCCAGUACCGUCCUCGCUGACAGCCUGGAGGCCCAAUUCUCCCAGCUAACCCUGCUUCUCAAGGCCAAGCGGAGCGAGAAGCCAGAGAAGAAGGAUGCGAAGCCCCGUCCAGAAGAUGCUUUCGCGACCGACAGGGGAGAUGCAGAGGUGGCUUCCGCCAGGAAAGAUACAGAAGCCACAGCCAGCGACAAGCUCUCCGAAGCCUUCGCGCAGGCAACGCUGGGUAAUGAGGUGGAUGCCUCGGAACUCAGCGACGAAGAGUUCGACACGCUCAAGCGCGCUCUUACUCAAAUGCGCGACAACCCUCUCGACAACAGCAAGACCUACUCCACCCCCUGGCAGCCACGCCAAUACAUGUCUGCCUUUGCCUUCAUCCCGCGCUACCUCGAGGUCAACCAGAACAUUUGUGCAGCCGUGUACCUGCGCCACCCCGUGGCCCGCCCCGGUUCCGCCGAGGUGCCCACUCCCUUCGGCGAGUCCAUUGCAACUCCGGCUUAUGGCUGGUACCUGAGGAGACGGUGGUAG